ACCCUGCAUUCCAUCGAUCACCCCAGCUCGAGCCCCGAAGAUGAGAACGGGAAAUAGGAGGAGAGGCGCCGGCGCCAGACCGUCGUCGACGUUUUUCGAACGGGUCCUCCGCCGCCACAUUGCGGUCUGCAAACACAGGUACACCACCGUCGGCGAGAUUGCCGAUCACCUUCGCGCCAACUUUCCCGAGUACGCUCGGCACAAGCUCCGACCCUUCACCAGAACCGUUCAGCAAACCCUAGAAAACAUGAAAUCGGCGAACUCCAAAUCGAACAGUCCAGCUCGUCCAUCCGCAUCAAACCUCCCCACCGACGAGGAGGACAACGGGGUUUAUGAUAGUCCCGCUCGUAAGAAGAUGAAAAGAAUUGAUGCGAGCGAGGAAAGGUUGCAGCGGUUGGAAAAUCAACAUAUUCAGAUGAAAGAGACAGGGAUUACUGGGGACCAGGACAUUGAGUCCAGUUCUUCAUCGGACUCGUACUCGACCUCGGACUCGGCCUCGGGCUCUAACUCGGACUCGGAUGAUGAUACUGAUGGUGGGGUUUCCACUUCGGAAGACGCGAUUUACGGCGAGAAGUUUAAGCCGGAGUUCGAUUUAAUGAAGUCAAUGCUGCGAGCGAGUUACAGCGAGCAAAAGGAUGGUAACAAAUCGACGAAGAAGGUAUCGGAGGAGGAAAAGGAUGGAACAAAAGAGAAGAACGUGGAAUUGGAGGAGGAUGUUGAUAAUAAGGCAACCAAGAAGGUUGAAUUGCUUGGGAGAGAUAGUGACUCAGGGGAAAAGGAUCCAAUAUGUUUGAUUAAUAAUGGCGGUAAAGAAGUGAAGGGGAAAGAUGGCCCGUGGUUUAGGGACCUGGGAGGGAUGCGAGGAGUCUUGGAGGAAUUGAUGAUGGAGGUGAUUGUUCCUCUAUAUCAUCCACAGUUGCCGAAGUGGCUUGGUGUGAGGCCUAUGGCGGGUAUUUUGUUGCACGGCCCACCAGGGUGUGGAAAGACUAAGCUGGCUCAUGCCAUUGCUAAUGAGACUGGGGUUCCAUUCUAUAAGAUUUCAGCUACUGAACUGGUCUCUGGUAUUUCAGGUGCAUCAGAAGAAAAUAUUCGUGAACUUUUUGCAAAGGCAUAUAGGACUGCACCAUCUAUUGUAUUUAUAGAUGAGAUAGAUGCAAUUGCUUCAAAAAGAGAAAAUCUACAGAGGGAGAUGGAAAGAAGAAUUGUAACACAGUUGAUGACCUGCAUGGAUGAAUCACACAGGGCUGUACAACCUCAUGAGGAUCCAAAUGCAGAAAGUUGCAAUGACAGACCUGGCUAUGUUCUUGUAAUUGGAGCUACUAACAGGCCUGAUGCUGUUGAUCCUGCAUUGAGGAGGCCAGGUCGAUUUGAUCGGGAGAUUGUUUUAGGUGUCCCAGAUGAGAUGGCAAGGGUGGAGAUUCUUUCUGUUCUUAUAUCCAAUCUUAGAAUCGAGGGUGCUUUUGAUCUUGGUAAAUUAGCCAGGGCUACGCCGGGGUUUGUUGGAGCAGACUUGGCAGCUCUAGCUAACAAGGCUGGUAACCUUGCUAUGAAGAGAAUCAUUGACAGGAGAAAGUCUGAAAUGUCUAUAGAACCUAUCAAUGGAGAGUAUACUGAUGAUUGGUGGAGGCAUCCAUGGUUGCCUGAAGAAAUGGAGGACCUUUACAUCAUUAUGGAUGAUUUUGAGGAAGCAGCUAAAUUGGUUCAACCAUCAUCACGAAGGGAAGGAUUCUCUACCAUUCCUAAUGUAAGGUGGGAAGAUGUUGGUGGCCUUGAAUUAUUGAGGCAGGAGUUUGACCGCUACAUUGUUAGGCGUAUAAAAUAUCCAGAGGAUUAUGAGGGAUUUGGAGUAGAUCUAGAAACAGGAUUUUUGCUUUAUGGACCUCCAGGUUGUGGUAAAACAUUAAUUGCCAAAGCUGUUGCCAAUGAGGCUGGAGCCAAUUUCAUACAUAUCAAGGGCCCUGAACUUCUGAACAAAUAUGUUGGAGAAAGUGAGUUGGCAGUACGGACAAUUUUCAGUCGUGCGAGGACUUGUUCUCCAUGCAUACUUUUCUUUGAUGAGGUGGAUGCCUUGACUACAAAACGUGGCAAGGAGGGGGGAUGGGUUGUUGAGCGGCUUUUGAACCAGCUCCUGAUAGAGCUAGAUGGUGCAGAUCAGCGACGGGGUGUUUAUGUCAUUGGUGCUACAAAUAGACCUGAGGUGAUGGACCAUGCCGUCUUACGGCCUGGAAGGUUUGGGAAACUUCUAUAUGUCCCUCUCCCGAAUCCAGAUGAGCGGGGUUUGAUAUUAAAAGCUCUGGCCAGAAAGAAGCCUAUAGAUGCCAGUGUGGAUUUAGUUGCCAUUGCGAGGCAGGAAGCUUGUGACAACCUUAGCGGUGCUGAUCUUUCUGCACUGAUGAAUGAAGCAGCGAUGGCAGCGCUUGAAGAGAUGCUGAUAGCGCAGAGCAGGUCAGAUGCCAGCUCCUGGACCAUCAAGAAAGUGCAUUUUGAGCAGGCACUCAAGAAAAUCUCCCCAUCUGUCUCGGACAAGCAAAAACAGUACUACCAGCUUCUUUCGGAAAGCUUCAGAGCAAGCAUGAUAUAAUGAUAGUAGAUGUGGGAACGAGUUUUUGUCCAUGUUCUUAGCUUAACCAUAUUUAUAUCAGCUCAGUAGAUACUGCCGUCUGGUUUGAGUUUCUGGGAUGGAGAAGCAGUUUUGUUUUCGCAGUGUGGGUUUCAUGUUGUUUUGGCUUCUCAUCUAAGUUUUUCAGGAGCAUAAUACUUGGCUUUUAGAUCCAAUGUGGUUGGAUAAUCACAGCAAUUUCGUAAUGCUGAAUGGUGAUGCAAAAUGGAUUCAUUCAUCCCAUUUCCUUGAAAGUUGAGGUUUUAUUCCAUAGCACCAUGCGAUGCACACACUCGUCAUGUGUUUCUUUCAUUUGGUUAAUGGCUGAUUUUUAUUCUUAAAAUGUCAAAAUGAUCCCUAUUCUACCAAGUUUCCCAAUUCCGUUUUGGCUACCCUUAUAGAUUUUUCACUGAAAUGAGAUAUUUCGGUUUUUUAUUUUGGAAUUAUAUAUAUAUGUAUAAAGUACUCAAUAUAUCAAUAGUGUAACACCUAACAGUUAAUAUUA